CUAGGUUUGCCGAACCAAGCAGCCAAACCUGCCUUACGGGAGAUAUUCAACAAAAAGUCCUUCCUCCUUCCAAUUUUCUCUACUGAUCUUUCUAUAUUCCAAAAAUGGCCGUUUCAUCUUCUAGAAGAUCAAGCGGACCAGUUCUCCGUUCUCUCUCACCGUCUGGUAAAUUCCACUCAUCAAAUCCUAGUUACUCUAUAUCAUCUUCAUCUUCAGGCUUCGCUUCGUCGACAAGCUCCAGUUUCUCUUCUUCAUCUUCUACCUUCUUUACCCAUAGGCAUCAGAGAUCUGCAUCUCCUACUCGUGUCAAUCUGUAUACAUCAGCUCCGGUGUCCACCUCCUUUCGAUUCUCUAUUGAUAGAUCUACAUCGCCUGGUCGUUCUGUUGCCGUAUCCAAACAGCACAAUCCGGUUUCGCUUCCCAAGAAGAGAUGUACGUGCUCUCCAACGACGCAUCGGGGGUCGUUUCGUUGCAAUCUUCAUAAGAAAGUCGAUAGCAACCACGGUAACAGCAGUUCGGUUUCUUAUCCGUCAAAUCAGUUGAAUAUGCUGAGAUCCGCGAUGACGAACUCGCUGGUGAGGAUCGGUGGAGUUGAAGGGGAGUUGGUGAGAAGAGCGUUGACGGCUCUGAUUCGCCCUUCUUCACACCAACAGAGAAGAAGAGCAGCGUUCCAGCCUCGGCAGAGUCGGCUUUCAGUGAUGUCCAAAGCUGAGGAUCUUUGAUUCAGGUUUGUUUGUUUUUUCUUUUCUCCUCUGAUGGUCCGAGUCAACUCGGAGGAUGAUUGUUGAUCCGGAUCUGAACCGAGACGAGGACGAAUUCUGCACACGUGCAGCGGCAAUUUGUCAAACCCGGCGAGUUUUGUACUUGGAGACCUGGAAACCCUAGCUUCUUUUGUGGGACUAGUUCGAAGAGAAAUACCGUUUGUACAUAACAAUUACUAUGCAAGGAGAUUUUGGAUAUUGACAAAUGCAGAACCAAAUCAGUAUAAUCAAUUAAUCAAUAUCAUCAUUGAAAAUAUAAAUCUCCAUUAAUUUUGCCUU